AUGAAGGAGUCGUCAGAUGAGACCGUGGAUGAGUCGAGCGAUUCCGACUCAAGUACUGGCCAGGCACCGCAGGCUAAGUUCUUCAAGGAGGGCACGGGCGGACCGAACCGGUCGACCGAGGUUCUUACCGACUUAAAGCGAACGAUGCCGGGCUGCUGCAGCCACUUCCGCUACACCCUGCGAACAUCCCUGAUCACUUUCUGGCGCACGAUGGGCAUUAAGAUCUUCUUCCUGGGGGUCAUGUGUUUUGCUGCAGCGUUCCUCUCUGUCAUGGACGCUAUCAUUUUCGAUUCACCUCCCUGGUCAGCCACGUCCUUCCUCAAUGCCCAGAUUGCUCUUGCCUUGUUGAUUGCGGUCUAUUCCUUGCAGCUCUUCAGCAACGACCAGGAGAUGUACUGGCGCGAAGCAAGCCACGGGCUGAAUCGUUUCGCCUUCUUCGCCGGGCGAGCCCUGGUCAACACCUUCGACUGGCUGUUGCUGACCUUCUUCUUUCUGUUGGUCUACUUCUCUAUCGCACGCCCGAUUCUGGCUUUUGAGGAAUACAUCUGGCCCUUUUUCUUAGUAUCGUACGUGGCCUCGGGGUGGGGCUACGCGCUCUCGUGCUGCUUGCCCGUCGAGCUUGGUGCCUUUAUCAGCUCUAUCCUGAUGUUCAUGAUGGGAGGCAUUCUUGGUCUCCCCAUGCAGAUGGCCGACUUCCUGAACGGUGGCUUUUUCGAGAUUGUGGUCAGCAGCGUCUCCUUCACUCGAUGGAGUGUGUCCAUGAGCUUCCUGGAAUAUGUCACGGAGUAUCCUCCCGAUCCGGAGACGCUGUCUCAAAUCGACCAGUACCAGCUGACGAAGUUCAGGGAUGCGUACGAUGGGGCGCACUUUCUCCUUCCUUGCGAGGAUUCGCAGUAUUGGUCCGGACUGCUGGCCCUCGUGCUGCAGGGGUCGGUGCUGAGGGUGGUCGCCUACCUAGGCCUUCGCUUUACAAACCGCGCCAGGCAAAUCUGA